AUGGGUUCCCUUUCAGCUCUUGACAAACCCUUACAGUAUCCAAUCGCUCGCCGAGACGACACUGUAAUUGAUGAUUACCACGGUAUAAAAAUCGCAGAUCCUUAUCGAUGGCUUGAAGAUCCUGAUGCGGAGGAGGUGAAAGAGUUCGUGCAGGAGCAAGUAAAGUUGACAGAAUCAGUGUUAAGAGAAUGCGAUACAAGAGAAAAGCUUCGUGAGAAAAUCACAAAGUUAUUUGAUCACCCAAGAUAUGAUGCGCCGUUUAGGCGAGGGAAUAAGUAUUUUUACUUUCAUAAUACUGGACUUCAAGCACAAAACGUCCUCUAUGUGCAGGAUAGUUUAGAGGGAAAGCCAGAAGUUUUGCUUGAUCCAAAUGGGCUAAGUGAGGAUGGGACGGUGUCGUUGAAUUCUAGUACGUUUUCGGUUAGUGAGGAUGCCAAGCACUUGGCUUAUGGACUGAGUUCGAGCGGGAGUGACUGGGUUACAAUUAAAGUUAUGCGUGUUGAGGAUAAGAUAGUUGAGGCUGAUACUUUAAUUUGGGCUAAGUUUACCGUUAUUAGUUGGACGCAUGACGGCAAAGGGUUUUUCUAUUGCCGUUAUCCAACUCCUGAAGAGGGAGAAAACUUGGAUGCUGGGACAGAGACUAAUUCUAAUCUUUAUCAUGAGCUAUACUACCAUUUCUUGGGCACGGAUCAAUCUGAAGAUAUAUUAUGCUGGAGAGAUCCUGAAAACCCCAAAUACCUGUUUGGAGCUGGUGUGACAGAUGAUGGAAAGUAUCUUCUCUUAUAUAUCAAUGAGAGCUGCGAUCCUGUCAACAAAGUAUACUACUGUGAUAUGUCUGCAUUUUCUGACGGUCUUGAAGGUUUUAAAGUAGGAAAUAGCCUGCUCCCAUUUGUUAAGCUUAUUGAUAACUUUGAUGCACAGUAUCAUGCGAUUGCAAAUGAUGGCACAUUGUUUACUUUUUUGACUAAUAAAGAUGCCCCUAAAUAUAAAAUAGUCAGGGUAGAUUUGAAGGAGCCAAAUAGUUGGAUAGAUGUGGUUCCAGAAUCUGAAAGAGAUGUCCUCGAAUCAGCAUCUGCUGUUCAUGGUGAUAAAAUGAUUCUGAGUUACUUGAGUGAUGUGAAGCAUGUUCUACAAAUAAGGGAUUUGAAAACAGGAUCUCUGCUGCAUCAGUUACCAAUUGACAUUGGCUCAGUUACUGGGAUAUCUGCUCGGCGACAGGAUCAUACAGUAUUUAUUGAGUUUACUAGCUUUCUCACCCCUCGUAUAAUAUAUCAAUGCAAUUUAGACACCGAAGUUCCGGAUAUGAAGAUAUUUCGUGAAAUUAUUGUCCCAGGAUUUGAUCGUACAGAGUUCCAUGUGGAUCAGGUUUUUGUGACUAGCAAGGAUGAUACCAAGGUACCGAUGUUUAUUGUAGCGAGGAAGAAUAUAAAGUUGGAUGGGUCACACCCCUGUUUGUUAUAUGGGUAUGGGGGAUUUAAUGUUAAUAUUACACCGUCAUUUAGUGUCAGUCGUAUGGUACUGCCAAGGCAUUUAGGUGCUGUUUUCUGCAUUGCAAACAUUCGUGGUGGUGGAGAAUAUGGUGAGGAAUGGCAUAAAGCAGGCUCACUUGCCAGAAAGCAGAAUUGCUUUGAUGACUUCAUUUCUGCUUCUGAAUACCUUGUAUCUAAUGGUUAUACCCAACCCAAGAAGUUGUGCAUUGAAGGUGGAAGCAACGGUGGGCUACUUGUUGGGGCUUGCAUAAAUCAGCGACCUGAUCUCUUUGGUUGUGCGUUGGCUCAUGUUGGUGUUAUGGACAUGCUGCGAUUUCACAAGUUCACUAUAGGUCAUGCAUGGACUUCUGACUAUGGCUGUUCAGACAAGAAGGAAGAGUUUGAUUGGCUAAUCAAGUACUCGCCACUGCAUAAUGUCCACAGACCAUGGGAGCUACACUCUGAAGAACCUUCUCAAUACCCUCCAACUAUGCUUUUGACUGCUGAUCAUGAUGAUCGAGUCGUGCCAUUACACUCUCUGAAGCUGUUGGCUACCAUGCAGUAUACUUUGUGCACGAGUUUGGAGAAUAGUCCUCAGACAAAUCCAAUAAUAGGUCGCAUUGAGUGUAAGGCUGGACAUGGAGCUGGACGCCCAACUCAGAAAAUGAUCGAUGAAGCAGCUGAUAGGUAUAGCUUCAUGGCAAAGAUGUUGGGUGCUUCUUGGAAUGAACAGCUCCACCUCUUUUAUGAUGAGCCGGUGCUCCUGCGGAAAUUGGAAAAAGAAGGAAUCCCUAACCGUGUUGUGAAAUAUAGAAGGGAUAGUUUAAAGGGAAAGCCAGAGGUUUUGAUUGAUCCAAAUGGGCUAAGUGAGGAUGGGACGGUGUCGUUGGAUUCUACUACGUUUUCUGUUAGCGAGGAUGCCAAGCACUUGGCUUAUGGACUGAGUUCGAGCGGGAGUGAUGGAGAGGGAGAAAACUUGGAUGCUGGGACAGAGACUAAUUCUAAUCUUUAUCAUGAGCUAUACUACCAUUUCUUGGGUACCGAUCAAUCUGAAGAUAUAUUAUGCUGGAGAGAUCCUGAAAACCCCAAAUAUAUGUUUGGAGCUGGUGUGACAGAUGAUGGAAAGUAUCUUCUCUUAUAUAUCAGCGAGAGCUGCGAUCCUGUCAACAAAGUAUACUACUGUGAUAUGUCUGCAUUUUCUGACAGUCUUGAAGGUUUUAAAGGAGGAAAUAGCCUGCUUCCAUUUACUAAGCUUAUUGAUAACUUUGAUGCACGGUAUCGUGCAAUUGCAAAUGACGGCACAUUGUUUACUUUUUUGACUAAUAAAGAUGCCUCUAAAUAUAAAAUAGUCAGGGUAGAUUUGAAGGAGCCAAAUAGUUGGAUAGAUGUGGUUCCAGAAUCUGAAAAAGAUGUCCUUGAAUCAGCAUCUGCUGUUCAUGGUGAUAAAAUGAUUCUGCGUUACUUGAGUGAUGUGAAGCAUGUUCUACAAAUAAGGGAUUUGAAAACAGGAUCUCUGCUGCAUCAGUUACCAAUUGACAUUGGCUCAGUUACUGGGAUAUCUGCUCGGUGA